AAAAAUUUCACAGACUUUUUUCAGACUCUGUAUGAAAAGAUUCCCUGUGGGUAGAAUUGCCUUUUAUUGUGGCUAUUUAUCACUGCUGAGAUGGCCAACAGUGUGGCCAAGUGGUCUUAAAAUAGGAUGGAGGAUUUGCCGCAGUAAGAUGCAAGAAAUAUAUUUUUCUGGAUCAAUGCUGCUGUAUUGUGUUCUGUAACUAUGCAAUCCAAAGUUUCCAGAUCCAGAGUUUUCAUAUUAGCAAAUAAAAACACAAUGUGACAAACCAGUAUAGAACCUUGAAAACACACUUGCAUUGGUAAUGUAACAUGGGCACAAGCCUGCAGACAUCUGGAAACCACGGUUUUACAAGACUUCACCACAAUGUCAUCUAUAUGAAACUCAACAUAGAUUAGAUGAUAGCAAUACAAACUGCAUUUUCAGUGCAAGGUCUACAAUGACAAGUACACAACCUGGCUCCAAAUUCCUAACUUCUGUUGUGCUGCACAAAUCCUUCCAUGCAGACAUGGCUACAGAAAGAGAGACCCUCCUGGAGAAAGCAUACCCAGAAGCACAGGCCUUCUGUCAGAAGCACGGCCUAAUGUUUGAGGUAAUUGACUUGAGAUGGGGUAUUUCUGAGCUUGUAAACCCUGAUCACAGAAACACACAACUCUCUCUGGAAGAAACUGAAGCCUGUCAGAAACUGUCAGCUGGUCCCACCUUCAUCGGACUUCUCGGGGACCACUACAGGCACCAGACUGUGCCUCGGCUCAUUGUGGAGAAGGAAUUUGAUACCCUAACUCUGCAGCUGUCAGGGGACUCUGCCCAGCUCAUGACACAGUGGUACCGGCGGGAGGAGAACGCGCUGCCCACCUGGUAUGUGCUGCAGCCAGCUGACUGGCAGGCCUGGCAUUGCCUGGAGAGACGCCUGGCCUCAGCGCUGCGCGUGGCAGCCCAGAAAGCAGAGAGGUGUGGGCUGCUCGGCCCAGAGCAGAGGCACUGCUACCACAAAUCAGCAAUUGAAUGGGAGAUUGAACAGGGUCUCCUCAAUACCCAGGAGAGCAACCCAGGGGCUUUCAUAUUCCUCAGAGAGGGUGAGGAUUCCAACAGACAAAUUGGGCAAGCAACAAACAGUGAGCUGUUAGAAGAAGAGGACAAUCUGGACAGCGAAGCAAAACAGCUGCUCAGCAACCUUAAAGCAAAAAUUGCAAGCCAUUAUCCCGAACACCUCAAAGUACACACACUGGCAUACAGUAAAGACUCUGGGAACCCUCGGUGCAAAGAGAGUAAUAAAUACCUGAAACAACUUUCUCUGUGCCUGAAGAACUGCAGAUUUUUCUGUGGGAGGCAGAAUUUAUCAGAUAGCAUUUUUCACCGUAUUAGGCAGAACAAUGAUAAAAACCACACAACCCUCAUCCUUUAUGGGCUGCCAGGCUGUGGAAAAACAGCUGUGAUGUGCAAACUAUCUGAGUGGGUGCAAGCUGUUUUAGGGCAAGCCAGUGUAGUUGUGAUUCGUUUGCUGCGGACAUCCCAGCUCAGUUCUGCCAUUCACAGCCUGCUGAGGGACAUUUGUCUCCAAGUGUGUUUAGCAUUUGAUUUGCCACCACCUCCAAGCCAGACCAAACAGGCUUGCAGUGAUUUAGUUUUGUUCCUCAGUAGACUCUUCCUCACUGUCUCCCAUUGUGGCACACAGACACUGAUGGUGUUCCUUGACUCUGUGGAAAGAUUACUUCCUAAUGAUGGUGCUCACACAUUCUACUGGCUCCCUACAGACUGCCCUCCAAAGGUUCACAUCAUCACUUCCAUUUCCACAGCAGAGCCUGAUACUCUGAAAGCUCUCCAACACGCUGUGCCUGAGGCUGAAGCAUACUCUAAAGUAGGACCCUUAUCCUGUGAGGAAGGUGAGGAGAUGCUAGAGAUGCUCUUAGCAUCAGACACACGACGGCUAAGCCCAGCUCAAUGGGCCUAUUUCCAUCAGAGCUUCCCUAGUGGUGGGCAAGCCCUGCUCUUCAAGCUGGCCUUCCAUGAGGCCAGAAAAUGGGUAUCUUACACUUCACUUUCAGAAGUAGUGAUUGCUAGCACAGCCCAGGAUGCCACGCACCGUCUGUCCGAGAGACUGGAAAAGUCACACGGCACAGUCCUUGUGGCUCACGUGCUUGGCUAUAUUGCUUCCUCACGAAAUGGGCUGUCAGACACGGAGCUGAAGGACAUUUUAUCCCUUGACGAUGAAGUUCUCUCAGAGAUUCACCACUGCCACGUUCCUUCAAGUAAAACUAUCCUGCGCCUUCCUCCUCUCUGCUGGGCACGGCUACGCAGUGACAUGGGAGAGUGCCUGGCAGAAUGGAAGGCAGAUGGCUUCACCCUUCUUUGCUUUGCACACAGGCAAGUUGUUGAAAUGAUGCAGAUUCGUUAUUUAUCAAAACAAGACCAAAUCAAGAGGCAUUUUCUCCUGGCAGAUUUCUUCAAGGGGACUUGGAGCUGGGGAAUGAAGAAACCUCUUACAUUGCCACACCUUAGCAGGACUUUGAAUGCUGACAGGAAGGUAGCCCCUCAGCCACUCUGGUUCUCUGGUACUGUUGCAAAUCUGAGGAAGUUGAGUAAAUUGCCAUUUCAUUUACUUAAAGCUGGAGGAAUUGAGGAGCUAAAACAGGAUGUGCUGGGGAAUAUGAACUGGAUCAGCUGUAAAAUAAUUGCCUCUGGAAUAGAGAGUGUUGUUGAUGACUUUGCCAUGUGCACUGAAUGCAUCAGCUGUCCAGAACUACGCCUUGUGCAGGACAUACUUCUCCUUUUGAAGCCUGCAGUCAGCAGUAUACACAGCCCUGAAGUGAGUAUAAUAUAUACAGAAAUGUUGGCCAGGCUUCUUUUUUUUGUGCCUUCUUACCCGGCGGUAAUCGGGAAGCUGUGCCAGCAGUGUCUAAGCUGGUGCAGUGUCUGUCCCUAUCCUGUUCUCAUUCCACUGUGUGGAUUUCUCCAGCCACCUGGUGGGGCCCUACAUAGAACGCUCACCAGAUUCCUCAAAGGUGUCACAGUGAUAGCACUUAGUUCUGAUUACCGGCUGCUGGUGGCAGGUUCCCACGAUGGCUCAACGCUUGUCUGGAAUAUGGAAGUUUUUGAGAUGGUGCACGCCCUUCCUGGGCACUCUGCUGAAGUGAGGUGUGUGAAAGUGUUUGGAAAAGGAACCUGUGCUGUUUCAGCUGCCAUGGAUCACAGUCUGCGCAUCUGGAAUUUGAUUUGUGGCAGAGCAAAGUUUAUCACCCAGGAUACACAUAUCGAAGAACAGCCCUCGCAUCACCUUCAUGUGGAUGAGGGGCACAUGAUUGUAUAUUCUUCCUCAGAUACAGAGGUCAAUGCUUGGCACCUGGAGACAGCAGAACUCAUCUUCCAGAUUUCUGGAGAGGCAUCAGAUGCAUGGAUGUGUUCUGCAGUGUUCAGCCCAAGGCUGGUGAUUAUGACUGUGUCUGAAGGGGGAACGCUGAGUCUGUGGAACAGCAACACUGGCGAGCUGAUCAAAUGUCAGCUAUCAGGGCUACAGGAAGAAACACCAACAUCCAGUCUUCUGAUCCAGAAGCAAGGGAAGAUGAUAGUGGGAUUUAGUGGGGGAUCUCUAUCCAUGAUCUCUUCUGAUGGAAACAGUCUGCUAGAGAAGCUUCCUGGAAGGGUUCGCUUUGCAAUGGUGUCAGAAGAUGAGUCUAUUCUUGCUGCAGGCUUUGAGGAGUAUGUGCAAGUGUAGCUGGCAAACCCAAAGGGAUUCCACAGGUUCCUACUGGCAGAUUUGAAACAUGGAGUGGUUCAUACAGCUGUUAUCUCUGCUGGCAACAGCAUUAUUGUUACUGGUUCUCAGGCUGCAUCUAUCCAAGUGUGGAGUUUAUUAGACCAGGGGUUGCUUACUGACACACUGGAUGGCAUGGGACCACUGGUAACACUCUUAGACCUGUGUGACUGCACUUUGGUUUCUGCCUCCCACAGCGCACCUUAUCUAGGAGUGUGGAACCUCAUUUACAAUCAUCGGCAGAAAACCUUGGCACCUGUCCCAAAUACAGGCUGCACUGCACUGUCCCAUGGGGGGAACUAUGUCUAUUUUACCCAACCUGAAGACACACAGAAAGUCAUCAUCUGGAACGCCACAGAAAGUGAAGUGCGUGACAUACUGGACACCUCUGCCCAAGUGAGAUGCCUGGAAAUAGCUGAACAAAACCAGCUCCUUUUCACAGGGCUUGUAUCUGGAACAGUCCUUGUCUUUUCGCUGAACUCCAGGCAGGAUGUAGCAUGCAUCCCACCUCCAGAGUCACAGAAACCAGUCAACGACAUGGCAAUCAACAAACAGGAAAAGCAGCUUGCCAUAGCAUAUGAUGAUUUAGUCCUUGUGCUGGAUAUUAUGCCUGCAGAUCCAUGCCCAGUGAUCGACAGGCCCACCUACACCUUUAAAACUCAGAUCCCUGGCUCUCUGAUUUCCAGCGUGGCUGUCCUUGCAGAUUAGAGAGUCCUCUAUGGCAUGACUAGCGGGGACUUAUUCCUUUACGACUGCCCUCGGGCCCAAGUGUUUCCUUUGGAAGGUCACAGAAGCCAGAUCUCCUGUUUGGAAAGCAGCCACGGAGAGCAGUGAGCACUCAGUGGAUCUGAAGAUUCCCUGCAGCGUCUCUGGGACUUGGAGUUGUGUCAGCAGGAACACGAGAUGUGCUAUUACAAGCCCACAUCUCUCCUGAAAGGCAUUUGCUGUGCUUGCUUCUCAAAAGAUGAUAAGUACUUGUACACUGGGUCGCUGGAUCAGUCCAUUACAGUCUGGGAUGUUGCAAGUGGUGCCUUGCUGGCUGUACAGUGCGUAUACACAACUGCUAACAGAAUUGUACCAACUGCAGAUGGAUUUGUUGCAAUAACAAAAGUUGGUUAUAUAAUUCGCAAGAAGUUUCACUGUCCUAAGACCACCUCUCCUCCGUAUAACCCACUCCGGAACAUUGUGGCAAUGGGUACGGUAAAAUCCGGAAAGAAAGACUGGAAAACUCAAGCAAGCAACAGUACAACCAAGGAAAUUCUUCUGGGAGCCUGAUUCCUACCAGCAAACUCUCUCAAAUCUGUUCAGUGAUGUAAAAAGCAAAGAUGAAUAGGAUAAACCAGCAUAAACACCCAGGAUUGAGCUUGCAGGUUUCUCUUUCUAUCCUUUUGCCUCAGUGUCUCAGAAUUACAAUAUUAAACAUUGC